UUUUUGCAGAAUAUGGCAUCUGGAUCUUCUAACGGAGUCCUGCGACCCUUUCUCCUCGGUAUACUUGUACUGGCAGUCUUUGUGACUGUGUUUCUGAUGUAUUUUAAACCUGAUAAAAGCUGGUUCUGUCCUGUAGAGUCAGUGUCAGAUCAGGUGAAGAACCUCAUCUCCACCAAGAGGGAUAAGAAUGCCACCAUUGUGCUGAUCUGGCUCUGGUCCUUAGGCAGUAAAUUUGACUUCAGCGUCUGCAGUGCUCUCUUUGAAAUUGAUAACUGCUUCAUCACAGCAGACAGGAACCUCUACAAUAAGUCACAUGGGGUCAUCAUCGAUCACAGAGACAUCAGGGGUGACCUGUCCAAUCUGCCGCAGCUGCAGCGACCAUCGUUCCAGAAGUGGAUAUGGAUGAACUUUGAGUCACCGACACAUUCAUCCAAACUGUCUGGGAUACAGAAGCUGUUCAAUCUGACUCUCAGCUAUCGCCAGGAUGCAAACAUUGGAGUGCCUUCUGGGACUAUCGUACCAGCAGAGGGCGAGGAGAAUUUUGUACCACCCAGUAAAAACAAGCUGGUCUGCUGGAUAGUGAGCAAUUGGAACCCACAGCAUGUGCGGGUGAAAUAUUUCAAUGAGCUGCAGAAACAUGUUAAGGUCCAUGCAUAUGGACGAGCCUUUGGGAAGCACAUUUCUGACAAUGACCUCAUGCCAACCAUCACCAGCUGCAAGUUCUAUCUGUCCUUUGAGAACUCUGUCCACAAGGAUUACAUUACUGAGAAACUAUUCAACCCACUCUCAGUAGGAACAGUGCCAGUGGUUCUGGGCCCGACCAGGCAGAACUAUGAGAACUUUAUCCAGGGAGACGCCUUCAUUCAUGUUGAUGACUUCAGCUCACCCACGGACCUGGCUGAUUACCUGCUGCUUCUGGACAAGAAUGAGGAAAUGUACUUCAGUUACUUUGAGUGGAGGCGACACUUUAAAGCAAAGAAGGUCCAAUUUCCGGUAGAACAUGCAUGCCUGACUUGUGAUUAUUUGCGUAAGCACAAAGAAUACAAGGCAUUCAAUGACCUUGAUACGUGGUUCUGGGGCAGCUAG